UUCGGCGGCUGAUUCAAACGUUUGGGCCGGGGUUUUGGGGCCUGAAGAAGCAGCGUAGCGGCUGAGUAGCUCCUGCUCUUCACUCCAGGGUGAAUUCCUGUGCAGUCCCCGGAGGAUCUCGGAAGCUAAGGAGGCUAGUGCCUGAGGGAGAGAAUGGCGUUCUCGACCACAGUCUCCCAGAGAAAGUAUAUAAAACGGAAGGCUCCCCGGGGCUUUCUUAAGCGCGUCUUCAAGCGACAGAAGCCUCACCUUCGUCUAGAGACAAGUAGCGACUUACUGGUGCAUCUGAAUUGUUUACUGUUUGUUCAUCGGUUAGCAGAAGAGUCCAGAAUGAAUGCUUUUGAGAAUAAGUAUGGAAUCAUUAAAAAGGAGCAUGUACAGGCUGCAGCAAAGAUUACCAAAUUGUCUACAAACUUCAAGUUGGGAACCACUAAUCUAGGUACUUUUGGCUUACAUUUGAAGAAAUUGACAUUCAGAAGUUACUAUAAGACCAGAUUUUGUAAUUCUAAAGAAGAGCAGAGGUUAGAAGUCAAAGAACCCAUUUUGAAAAUUAAAUGAUGUGUUAUUUUAGAUGGUAACAGACUGUGAAAGCACUUUUUACGAAUCAGCUAAGAUUGUUUAUUAUUAAAAUAUUGACUAGUUGAGG